CCCAUCUCCUUGCUGUCAUCUACCGUCCAUUGUCUUUUGGGUUCGACUCAUUCAACACUCCCCCUCGAUUCAACAUCAUGGACAGCUUCAUCCUCACCCUCUCCUGCCCGGACCGCCCCGGCAUCGUCCAUGCCGUGACCGCCUUCCUGGUAGCCCGCAACCUCAACAUCGUUGACUCAUCGCAAUUCGGCGAUCCGACCUCGAAGCGCUUCUUCAUGCGCAUGCACUUCGCCGCCUCCGCCUCCGCUACUGAGGCCACAGACGAGCACCCCAAGCUGACCGUCGAGGAAUUGCGCGCCGCCUUCGAACCAACCGCCAAGUCCCUGUCCAUGGACUUUGCGAUCCACCCCGCCGCCCAGAAGCCCCGCGUGCUCAUCAUGGUCUCCAAGAUCGGCCACUGCCUCAACGACCUGCUCUUCCGGCAAUCCACCGGCCAGCUCGCCAUCGAGGUGCCACUCAUCGUCUCCAACCACCCUGAUUUCGCGCCCCUCGCCGCAACCUACAACGUGCCAUUCGUGCACCUGCCCGUCACCCCGGACACAAAGCAGCAGCAGGAGACGCGCGUGCUGGAGCUGGUGCGCGAACACCAGAUCGACCUGGUCGUGCUGGCACGGUACAUGCAGGUACUGUCGCCGAUGCUGUGCGAGGCCAUGUCCGGGCGCAUCAUCAACAUCCACCACAGCUUCCUGCCGAGUUUCAAGGGCGCGAAGCCCUACCACCAGGCGUAUGACCGGGGUGUCAAGAUCAUUGGCGCCACCGCGCACUUUGUGACGAGUGAUUUGGACGAGGGGCCGAUCAUCGAGCAGAAUGUGGUGCGAGUGAACCAUGCGCUGAGCCCCAAGGAGUUGACGCAUGCGGGCAGCAAUGUCGAGAGUAAUGUGCUGGCGACGGCGGUCAAGUAUGUGACCGAGCGGAGGGUUUUGCUUAAUGGGCACAAGACGGUUGUUUUUGCUUAGACGUUCUUGCAUUCUUCUGUCUGCAUAGUCGGCGGAUUGCCAGGUAGCACUAAAAAGUCUCAAAUAGGGGUAUACAGGAUCUAGACUCAUUCAGUGGCGAGUACAAUACAGUGCGUUCAGAUAUACUAUUUCAGUGAAGGAGCAUCCUCGUACCCUACCAAUGCUGCAAAUGGCGCGAGUGAUUGGCUCGAGAGGAAGAGAGGAUAUAUCGACGUCGAAGAGAAGUGUGAAAGUAAUGGGUUGUGUUGCUAGGGGUAUAUUGAUAUGGGAUGAUGGGAUACUCAAUGAGGCUUGAAUUAUACAAUAAUAAGUAUUAAUCGGAU